CCAAUCAGCGCUCACAUCAACAGGAACUGUAACAAUGGAGGCGAGCAUGAAGCCCGUGGGUGUGUGACAGCAUGUCAACGACAAAUCAAGCACAAAUCCCCUAAUUUCAUAAUGCACGGUUUCUGAACGGACAAUUAACUGUUACCCGUGUGAAAUCGACAAAAUGGCUUCGUGGUCUGAGAAAAUGCUUCAACUCCUACGUCGAAUGAAUAACUUUCAUUUACCAGGUUCUAGUUUAGAGAGCUGUCUACGUUUUGAGGUGGCUGGAGAACAGGUUGGAUGGAUUCCCCCAAAAGUAGCAUCAAUUCUUGGUCGUUUUCCUUCUGUCUUCAGACCAUAUGGGAGCGCUAUAACCUUUUGCUCCAGUGUUGACACUUUUGAGAGCAGAUCAGUGGCUGUGGAUGAGGUCUUGCAGGAGCUGAGGAGAGAGGCAUCAUUCACCUGUCUGAUAGGCUGGAGAGAUGAGACCCUGAUUCUUUCAUAUUUAUCAGAGUGCAUUUCUUUUCAGCAAUACGCUGUGAUGCCCAGGUAUUGUGACCCUCCGCUGAUGUAUAUGGAGAGAGCAGCUACAAGUCUGUUUGGAGUGAAACGGUACGGCGUCCAUGUCAAUGGCUACACUCGGGAUUCAAGUGGCAAUCUUAAUAUGUGGCUGGCACGACGAUCUCUGACCAAACAGACGUAUCCAGGAAGACUGGACAACAUGGCGGCUGGAGGACUGGCAGCAGGCUGUAGUGUAAGACAUACCUUGGUAAAAGAGUGUGAAGAGGAGGCCUGCAUCCCUCCAGGUCUGGCAGAGCAAGCGCGUCCGGUAGGAACUGUGAGCUACACCUACGAAGAUGACGAAGGAAUAUUUCCUGAGUGUCAGUUUGUCUUUGAUUUAGAGCUGCCUCUCAAUUUUCAGCCUCAUAUUGGAGACGGAGAAGUGCAAGCAUUUUACUACUAUCCAAUUGAGAAGGUGAAAGAUCUCCUGGUCAGUGAGGAGUUUAAGCCAAACUGUGCCAUGGUGGUUCUGGACUUCCUCAUCAGACACGCCAUCAUUGAGCCAGACUCAGGUUUGGUGUCAGAUCACCUGGUUAAAUUUGAUAAGCCCUAUUAUCACGAAUUUGUGGCUGGAUUGCACAGAUCACUGUAAAGACUGACUGGUGAUGUGCAACUGGUCAACUUGCAAAAGUUUGGUAUUUAUUUUAUCUACCUCUGCCUUUAACUCCUAACAUUGUCAGCAUGUGUACUAGUGAAGAAAUGAGGUAUUUUAUGCAAACGUCAACUGGAGAAGAGACAAAAUAAAGACCCAAGAAAAAUUACCCUAUAAGAAUUUAUUUUUUCAAUACAUUUCAAACGAGUCUGUGGAAAUCCAAAGAUGCACUGGUAUACAAAAGAUAAUUGAUGCAUCAAAGGCUCUUUUUUCCUUAGAAUGAAAUGCAGAAUCUCUUCUAAGAAAUUAUUUGCAUUUAAUAAUAUGGCAUUAAACAGCUCUUUCAAAAUCACAUUUCGCUACGUUUUUCCUUCUUUAUUUCUUUUAAAACUUUUAAAUUCUAAGAUACUAGAAUUUGUAAAAUACGCAAAAAAGAUAUAGUAUAAGCCAGUAGAAUUUCACAAAAAAAAAAAAAAAAUGAAAACAA